ACGUCAGCGAAAGUAUUCUGACAAAUGAUUGGUGCGCUCAAGUAAUUCGCCUGUUUUCACUGGCGAUGCAAAUAACGACGAUCGCAGUACUGGGCUGAACACUAGCAAUAUGAAAACAUCUUUUCCUGCGGUCUCCUUUUGGCGCACCCUGCCUAUAGCCGUUUUUAUGAUUAUAUUGAUAUAGGGGGAAAUUUAGUAUUUAUUGCACGUGAGGUGUGAAGGCGGCCAAGUAAUAACCAUAAAAUCUUUUCCAUUGUUAUCGGGAACUGGUUGAAAUGGCAGCCAGCAUUACCAGUGCCGCCAGGCUCGGUGGCACCAGGAUAAUUUCCAAGCUUUUGAAAAUUGGUUCUCAGGACCUGCCUUUGCUAUCAAAACAACUCCACACUUCCCUAGUUUACAAUGUGGCCGGCAUCCCAAUCAAGAUGCCGUCCCUCUCACCGACCAUGUCGGAGGGCACCAUCGUCAAAUGGCUGAAGCAGGAGGGCGAUACUGUUGAGCCCGGUGACAUCAUCUGCGAUAUCCAGACCGACAAGGCAGUUGUCUCCUUCGAGGUCGAGGAGGAGGGAAUCCUUGCCAAAAUUCUGCUGAAGGAGGACUCGAAGGACGUCCCGGUCGGCAGGAUGAUCGCCGUCAUGGUCGACCCUGGCGAGGACUGGAAGGCCGUCGAGGUGCCGGCAGAGGCCGAAGCGCCCCCGGCUCCCGCGGCCGCCGCGCCGCCCCCGACUCCGACUCCGGCUCCGGCGGCCCCUGCCCCGGAGCCGGCCGCCAAGAAGGAGUUCUCCGGCCUGCGACACGCCGGCGCGGCCCCCACGACGGUGGGCCCGGCCGUGCGGACCCUGCUGGAGCUGUACGACAUUGACGCCGCCAACGUCACGGCCACCGGACGGCACGGCCUCCUCAAGAGCGACGUGCUCGCCUACAUCACGCAGCACAAGCUGUCGCCGCAGCCGCCCACCCCCGUUCCGGCCCCGGGCAGCGUCUCCCGACCGGCCGCCCCCGCCUCCGCCCCCGCCCCGGCCGGGGACGCCGCCUACAUCGACAUACCGCUGUCCAGCAUGCGCAAAACCAUCGCCAAGCGUCUGACCCAGUCCAAGACGGAGAUCCCGCACGCCUACAUGCAGUCGGAGGCGCGAUUCGACCGUCUGCUGGCGCUGCGCAAAGAGCUGAAGGCGGAGGGCGUGCAGGCGUCGCUCAACGACUACAUCAUCAAGGCGGUGGCGCUGUGCCUGCGCCUGCAGCCGCAGCUCAACUGCGUCUGGAGCGGGGACCAGCUGCAGCGGCCCGACUCUGUUGACAUCUCCGUCGCCGUGGCCACUGACGCCGGCCUCAUCACGCCGAUCGUGGUGGACGCGGCCGGCAGCUCGGUGUCGGCCAUCAGCGGACAGGUGCAGGACCUGGCCGCCCGCGCCCGGCUGGGCAAGCUGAAACCGCACGAGUUCAUGGGCGGAUCGUUCACGAUCUCCAAUCUGGGCAUGUUCGGCAUUGGCGAGUUCAGUGCAAUUAUCAACCCGCCGCAGUGCGGCAUCCUGGCUGUCGGCGGCGGGCGCAGUCAGCUCGCGGCGGACGGCGGCUCGGAGACCUGGCUCACCUCCACCUUAUCGUACGACGCGCGCGCCGUGUCGGAGCCAGAGGCGGCUGCCUUCAUGGAGACGCUGGCCCACCUGCUGACCAACCCGGACCUGCUGGUCACGGACGCGCGCCGCGAGCUCCAGCAGCUCGGCUGAGCUGGGGCAGCUCGCAGCAGGAGCUCGGCUGAGCUGGGGCGGCUCGCAGCAGCAGCUCGGCUGGGUUAGGGGCAGCUCGGCUGAGUCGUGGGUGCUAGGGUGGAUUUACGGGGAUGCCAUACGGUGCGCUAUGAAGCAGUUGGUGCUCCGCAGUGACCGAAACGCAGUAACCAGGGCCGGCCGGUGUGGGUCAGAUCUGUCAGCAUUAUCAGGCCGGUAUGGGUCAGGUGUUCAGGAUUAUCAGGCCGGUAUGGGUCAGGUGUUCAGGAUUGUCAGGCCGGUGCGAGUCAGGUCUAUCAGGAAUGUCGGGCCGGUAUGGGUCAGAUUUACCGGGCUCGUCAGGCCGGUGCGAGUCGCUACAGUCAGGUAUGUCAGCUGUGUGGCCGAGUGUUGUGACAAUAACGGAAGAGGUGGCGGUCGGACUGAUAAGGCGGACGUCUGUCGUGUCGUACGGUGCAAUCUGAGUGAGGCAGUGCUGCGGUGGUGCCAGCUCCCGGGAGGGACGCGCCGUGCCGUUGAACGGACGGCUCCGGCCGCCGGGCGCCGGCACACACUGAUAAAGGCGUGAAGGCAAUGACAGCAUUGCGUAUACGAGUAUGUGUGCCGGACAUAGGCAUAGGGCGCAUAGGCAAUCUUUGAACAAUGUGCUGAGAACAUUUGAGUGCUGUCUGAGGUGAAAUAGAUCAGCAAUAUGUAAAAUG